AUGCAGCUUGAUCUGGGACACUUGUGGAUUUACUUGGGGCUGUUGGUUGGAGGAGGAGCCCUCUAUACCUUCGGCCUCGUUGUAUACCGAGUCUUCUUCCACCCUCUAGCCAAGUAUCCCGGCCCCUUCCUCGCCAAGAUCACCGAUGCCUACCAGCUCUACCACGCCUGGAAGGGUGACCGUCACCUCGAGUUCUGGCGCAUGCACCAAAAGUACGGACCUGUCGUCCGCUUUGGUCCCAACUCGCUCUGCUUCAACUCCAACAAGGCCCUGAAGGAGAUCUUUGGCUUCCGCACCAAUGUUCGCAAGGCCGAGUUCUACAAUGCCUUUGUCCACCCGACCGCCAAUACCCACAACACCCGCGACAAGGAGGUGCACGCCCGCAAGCGCCGUGUCAUGUCCCAGGCUUUCUCUGAGAGCGCCAUGAAGGAAAUGCAGCGGUACAUCCUCAACAAUGUCCGUACAUUUUGCGAGCAGAUUGGAGCUCUGGAUGGUUCUGCCGAAGAGUCCAAGGGAUGGACCAAGCCCCGUAAGAUGAGCGACUGGUGCAACUACCUCGCCACGGACAUCCUUGGCGACUUGUGCUUUGGCAAGGCCUUUCAUAUGCUGGAGAGCGAGACGAACCGAUUCGCACUGGGACUUGUUGAGGCUGCGACUACUCGCCAUCUUCUUUGCGGAACCAUGCCUGUGGUCGACAAGCUCAAGCUGGACAAGGUCCUCUUCCCCGGACUCGCUGCUAAACGCGCCCGUUAUAUGGCCUACAGCAAGGGCCAGCUGACUGAGCGCACCAAGCUCGGCGAGGAGACUGAUCGACGUGACUUCUUCUAUUACCUCCUUAAGGCCCGCGAUCCCGAGACUGGCCAGGGUUUCAGCACCCCUGAACUCUGGAGUGAAUCUAACCUGCUCAUCAUCGCCGGCUCAGACACCACAUCCACUGCCAUGGCUGCUACGCUCUUCUACCUCGUCCGAUGCCCCCGCGCCCUCAAGAGAGUGACUGAGGAGAUUCGAAGCAAGUUCAGCAACGUUGAGGAGGUUUGCCAAGGUGCCACUCUGGCAUCCUGCACUUACCUCCGAGCCUGUAUCGACGAAGCCAUGCGCAUGUCCCCUUCUGUCGGUGGCAUCACUCCCCGUGAAGUCCUCCCCGGCGGCAUCACAGUCGAGGGCCGCCCCAUCCCCGAGGGUACCGUCGUCGGCGUGCCGCACUACGCCAUCCACCACAACGAGUCGUACUUCCCCUCGCCGUACGAGUACAUCCCCGAGCGAUGGCUGGCGGGCGCCGUGAACCCCCUGACCAACGAAAAGACCACCGAGGACGAGGUCGCACUUGCGGCGAGCGCCUUCUGCCCCUUCAGCAUCGGUCCCCGAGGAUGUAUCGGCAAGGGUCUGGCCUACGUCGAGAUGACCAACACUCUGGCUCGCACCAUCUACCUGUACGACAUGCGCAAGGCCAUUGGCAUCGUUGAUCCUGCCGAGGGCAACCCCAACAAUGAAUGGGGACGACACCGAGUGACCGAGAUGCAGCUGGUCGACAUAUUUACCAGUGCUAAGAACGGACCCAUGAUUGAGUUCCGCAAGGCCGAGAAUGUGUCGGCGUAG